CACAAUGACAGUCGAUCCCGGCAACACAGCCGUCGUUUGCCGACCGCAAUAAAGCACCCAAUAUAGUUGCUGCUACUACACUAUACCACCAUGGCAUCAUCACUCAAGGGAAAGACUACAACGGCAGUCACAUCGAUUGGCAAGGUCGCCACUUCCACGGCGGGAAAAGUCCAAAAGGCCAUGGGAAAAGCCGCAAGUACGACCAUUCAAGCCAUGAAAAAGACGGCCAGUGGCAAAAAUGUCAUGGUUGACUCUUCCUGGAGCGACGACGACGAAGAAAGCGAAGAACGAAAUAUCCAAGGACUAUUGACCAAUUUGGAAAAGGCGACGCGAUAUUCCGUGUUGGAAUUACGAGGUCUCAUGGCCAGCAUGACUAGUUCGGUCAAUUCACAGGACUUUGGCAAAAGCAGGAUGUCCCGACAAGAAGACCGUCUGAUGCAAGCCGACUCGGACGAGAUGAUGGAUGAUUCCCACGUUGUGAAAAAACUUCAAAGAGCCAGGCACAAUUCCAUUUUGGAAUUACGGGGCAUGCUGGCAUCCAUCAAUACCAUUAGCGGUUCGAUUACCGAAGAAGACAUGAAGCGACUGAAAGAGGAAUCCAGAGAAGAAGAAAAUAUACAAGGACUCUUGGCCAACCUGGGAAAAGCCAGCCACAAUUCCGCCAUGGAGUUACGAGGACUCCUUGCCAGCAUGGAUUCCAGUGAAUUCUUUGAAACUACAACCGAAGAAGACCGAGAAAAAAUUGAACAACAAUGUCGCGAAUCCGUCUCGGAGCUACGGGGACUCUUGGUAGGGCUGGAACGAGUAUCUACACAGCAGUCGAGUCGACAAAAGUCAUUGAAUCGUCUUUGCGAGUCCAUUAAAGGGCAACUGCAGCCGCUGGACGAAUUGGCAGAACUAAAAUAGACUAUCCAAACAACUUUACCAGAUUCGAUGCGCCCCCUUAUUGAGCUUACUUUUACAUCGUACAAUCGUACCGUGUGGUGUUGGAGACAAGCGCAGCGCAUCGUAUCAUUGCAAUAAUAUGUGCAGUUGCUUUUCAGGAGGACUGCAGAAUUCGUACCAUUGGGGAGCCCAGCUUGGCCGGGAUGCUAGAGCCGUGUUGCUGCUGAGGUUGCACGGCAUCAGCAUCCAAGGUUUCAAACAGUCCAGCUGCUGCAGGCUACAUGCCUGGCAUCGCAUCCAUGGCAACUGAGUCGAGUCGAGUCGAUGCUUUGACUCCUUGCAUACCGGUGCCGUUAAGCUAAGUAGUCAUACGGUAUGGCAAUGCUGUCUCUCUAUUCUUGCUUUAUGGGAGCUUUCUUGAACAGAAUAUCAUUCAAAAGGGUGGCAAUGAAUGGAAUGCCAAAGGCAACCAUGGACGCCACAACCAUGGGCCGCCAAUCCGUGCCAGACAACAAUACCGCUACCGGCCAUGGCAAGUACGCCAGACUCUUGGGAAGUCCUUCCUCCUCGUCUGAUGAUGAUAGGGCCACCAGUAGAGCCGAUGACAGCCCACUGGCAUCGUAGCCGGAAAUAUUGACCAGCACAUUCUGUUCCAUUUCUGGGUAGCUCGCCUCCACAAAGUCGCCAUACAAAAGGUUGAUUCGAACGGCUCUCCAGCACAAGGCCCUAUUGGCAUCCGUCAAAAAUGCUGGCUUCGUGAUUAGCCAACAAGCCGACACUAGAUUGGCAGCACAAAUUCCAGCACAGACCAACACCAGAGUGAGUUCGUCGAUUGCCCCCAAACAGCUUGCUUCGCCCAGCUCCAUUUCGACCAAAAUCAGCGGCAGAAAGAGAGCAUGGUACCAUCCCACCUUGCUUCCAUAGCAACACAAGCACCCCCACAGAAAGGCUCCCAACGAUUUAUCUGUCAUAUUGGAUGAUGGUAACAACUGUACCUGCAUUGUAGUCAUGGAAACAGAGCAUUCAAUGGCAUAUCGCAUCAGCGCCGUAAUGCUUUGCAAGAGCGGAGCCACGGGAAGGGGCACGGCAGCAAUGACAGCACCGACCCCACCCUUCGCCAGUAGAUUGGUCAUGGUGGCGGGGACAUUGUGAAUGAGGACACAAUGAAUGAGGACCGGUUCUUGCCAGCGGGCCACCAGGUAUCCUGCCAGCAUGCCAGCGAGAAGGGACUGCGACACCACUGUGGAUGCCACAACGCUGGCCAUGAUGCGACUGGACGUAUCGACUCCUCCAUGAUUGGUGGCUGUCGUCGUACUACUACAAGCCGUCACCACAGCACAGGCCGUCGUUCGAGAAUCGAAAGGAGCAGAGGGAGGAGUGGUUCGAUAUUGUUGUUGUCUUCCUGGAAUGAUGAUAGGAUUCUCGUGAGCGGAUCCAUUAAAGGGCAACUGCAGCCG